AUGUUUAUGUUUUUUCUUCUCAUAUCUUUCUUAAUUUAACUCAUUUUUUUAUUUUCAAAUUUAGCUUUGAUAUUUUUAAAAUUUAUUUCUUAUUAUUUCAUAUUUUUUCUUCAUUUUUCCCUUCUUAAUAACGAAUUAAUUAAUUAUUUAUUUAAUUUUUUUAUUCAAUAUUUAAAAAGUCAGAAUAAAAUAAACAAAAAAGGUGUAUCAAGCUUAGGCUCUAGUUUGGCAAAAUGCACUAAUCUCUCAAAUUUGACACUUGAUCUUAGUAAUAAUAAAAUAAAUGAAAUAAGUGCAUCAAAAUUAGGUUGUGCUUUAGGAAAUUGCACUAAUCUCUCAAGUUUGACGCUUAAUCUUAAUUAGAAUUAAAUAAGCAAAAAAGGUUCAUCAAACUUAUGUAUUGCUUUAGCAAAUUGUGCUAAUCUCUCAAAUUUGACACUUUGCCUUCGUUAAAGUUAAAUAGGAGAAGGUGCAUCAGACUUAUGUUCUAUUUUAGCAAAUUAUAAUAAUCUCUCAAAUUUGACACUUGAUCUUUGUGAGAAUUAAAUAAGCAAAUAAAGUCCAUCAGACUUAUGUUCUAUUUUAGCAAAUUGCACUACUCUCUCAAAUUUGAGACUUGAUCUUAGUUAGAAUUAAAUAAGAAAAUAAGGUGAAUCAAACUUAGGUUUUGUUUUAUUAAAUUGUACUAAUUUCUCAAAUUUAACACUUAAUCUUUGUUAGAUAUAAAUAAGCAAAUAAGAUAAAUAAGAAGCAUCAUACUUAUAUUCUUUUUUAGCAAAUUUCAUUAAUCUCUCAAAUUUGACACUUAAUCUUAGGUAAAAGCAGUUUAUUUGUUUUGGAUUGCCAUAUUUAUUAGCUUUUCAUUAGUUUUAUUUUUCUUUUUAUAGUACUUAUGGUUUUUUCUUCUUCUAUCUUUCUUUAUAUAGCUCAUUUUUUUAUUUUCAAAUUUUGAAUUUAUUAUUUUUAACUAAUUAAUUCAUUUCUAUUUAUUUUUAUUUCUUCAUUUUUCCUUCUAAAUAAUUAAAUAAUAAUAUAUUAUUUUUCAAUAUUUAAAAAGCUUCAAUAAUAUUUGUGAUGAAGAUGCAUUAGGUUUAGGUUCUACUUUAGCAAAUUGUACUAAUCUCUCAAAUUUGA